GUUAGACACUCAACAGAAUUUUUGACCGAUGGAGAUGCUCUUAUGUUCUCAAUCGGAUCUGCCCAUCACUUGAUGCCGGUUCUAGCUCUAGGAACGGCUGCGUCUCCUCCGCCGGAACCGAUAGUGUUGAGAAAAACGGUGUUGGAGGCCAUCAAGCUCGGUUAUCGUCACUUCGACACGUCUCCGAGGUACCAGACAGAGGAGCCGCUCGGCGAAGCUCUGGCGGAAGCAGUUUCUCUAGGCUUAGUCCAAUCUCGAUCGGAACUCUUUGUCACUUCUAAGCUAUGUUGUGUUGAUGUUCAUGUUGUACGCCUGAAUGGUGGCCUUGUUGUACCGGCGAUUCAACAGAGUUUGGAAACUCUUAAACUGGACUAUCUCGAUCUCUACCUAAUUCAUUGGCCGGUUAGCUCGAAACCUGGUAAAUACAAGUUUCCUAUUGAAGAAGAUGAUUUUUUGCCAAUGGAUUAUGAAGCAGUAUGGUCUGAGAUGGAAGAGUGUCAGAGACUCGGAGUUGCAAAGUGUAUAGGAGUAAGCAACUUCUCGUGCAAGAAGCUCCAACACAUCCUCUCUGCCAAAAUCCCACCUAGUGUCAAUCAAGUAAAUCUACUUUCUCUCUUUCCAGUCUGGCAACAGAGAAAACUGAGGGAACUUUGUAAGUCUAAAGGCAUUGUUGUGACAGCUUAUUCGGUGUUGGGAUCUAGAGGAGCUUUUUGGGGAACUCACAAAAUCAUGGAGUCUGAUGUUCUCAAAGAAAUUGCUGUGGCAAAGGGAAAAACAGUAGCACAGAUGAGUAUGAGAUGGGCUUAUGAGCAAGGAGUGAGCAUGGUGGUGAAGAGCUUUAAGAAAGAGAGGCCGGAAGAGAAUCUGAAGAUAUUUGAUUGGUCUUUGACAGAGGAGGAGAAACAGAGAAUUUCGACGGAGAUUUCUCAGAGCAGGAUCGUUGACGGAGAGGUUUAUAUCUCAGAGAACGGUUCUAUAAAAUCUGUCACCGAGAUGUGGGACGGUGAGAUAUGAUAUAACUUCAUGUGAAUUAAGGGGCAGUUGUAAAAUAAUGUCUUGAUUAUUUAGUUUGUAAAGUAGCAUUUCCAAUUAAUAACCAUCAUAAAUGUUUUCUUUUGUCCCUAAUUUUGUGAAUAUGCAAUUCUUUUCAGUUUGUAAAGUACCAUUUCCAUUUAAGUUAUGUGUUUUAAAUGUUUUUUUUUUUUUUUCUCCUCUUUCUGGACUGUUUGUUCAAAAGAUAUUUCAGCUUCUUUCAAAGAAUAGUAAAUGUGAGAAUCAAAAAGACUAAUUUUUGUUGUAAGUGUUGUGGUUUUGUUCAUCAUCAUUUAGCUUUUAUGAUGAUCUAAAAGUUUGUAUUUAUAGGUAGAGAGAGAACCUAGCUAGUUCUGCACUAGUGUUUUCUUAAAAGAUUAAUUUCAACCGUCCAUCAAAAUAUAAAUAAAAAAAAUCAA